AUGGACAGUAUUCCCCGGCCGUCGGAGGGUGAUGUUGAUAUCGGAACUGGCACGUUUGCUGCUUGCUGGGUUCUCACCGGUGUCGCGGGAGUUACACUUCUAUUCCGUUAUGCAGUAAAGAGCUGGGUGCGCUUUGCAUUGCCCCAAGUCACUGCCCCCGAGCGUGUCUGGGGCUUCGAGGACUUGUUUUUCCUUGCGGGCUACACUCUCGACAUUGGACAUAUGACUCUGAUUCAAAUGAGUUCACAAUGGGGCCUGGGUCGGCAUUUUUACUACUUGUCAGGCGUACAGCGCUCAACGGCCAUGAAGUAUGACUUCUAUUCACAGCCGCUCGCUGUAGCCGCAGCCAUGGUUUCGCGGACAGGCAUGAUGUGGUUCCUGUUGACCUGCUUUGCCGCGAGCGAUAAGAAGAUUCGCGUUUCGAUUGUUGUGUGUGCCAUUGUGCAGAUUAUCGUUAAUAUGGUGACGAUUCUGCAAAUCAUAUUACAGUGUGGGCCGAAUCCCUACCGACCGUCAAAUCGUGUUGAAUACUUCCAGUACAUGUGGACUCCGCUGCCUAGUGAUGGAUCGGUUGUCUGCCAAUCGCCUAAUGUCCAGACUACCGUUGGUUUUGUGCAAGGAGGGUUCAACACGAUCAUUGACUUUAUACUGGCCGUUAUCGCCGGUGUCGAGCUGUGGCAAUUCUUUCUCCGUACCAUACACCGCGAGAACUUGUCCUUUUGGUCGCAAUUCAAGAAGAUCAACAGUACCGUUCGAUCUCGUCGUCUUUGGCAAACCAUUACCCUGUGCGGUCCGCUGAUUCUCUCUGGUGCGGCCUCGAUUGUGAAAACAUAUAAAUUGAAAUCCCUUGGCGACAGACUCGAUUUCACCUACAAUAUCGUCUCUUUCGUUUUAUGGGUAAAAAUCGAAAACUACAGCAUUCUCCUCGCUUCCUGUGCCCCAGUCGCCCGACUCUUCCUCCGCACCAUCGUCGAUGCCCGACGCGACGGCCACCUGGGCUACUGGUCUAAAUCAAACUCAAACAAUAACGCCUCCAACGACACAGAACUAAAAAACAAACAGAGCCGAAGCAAAACCGGGUGGAUGGACUCGGCUACAGCGACAGCUACAGCAACGUCUCAGUGGCAGGACGAAGAGAGCCAGCAUACGAGGUGGAGUAUUCAAGAGCGCUCUAUGAGUCGGUUGUCAAAGGGUUAUGGGCAUGAGAUAGAAGGUAUGGAUGAUGGCGGUGUCACAGUGAAGACGGAUAUUGUGGUGCAGGUUGACGAUGGACGGUCGACAUCGAGUUGGGAUGCGAGGCUUUUGCCUGGUGGUGGGGAGAUGCCUAUUGGGAGGGAGGAGUAUGGAUAUCAUGCUCGGUGA